CAUGCCUUCAACCGGUUUCGCUGAUGGCGGCGCGCAUGUGUGCAAUUUUUCGCUGUGUUGCGUGCGGUGAAAAGAAAAACAGCUGACUCUGUGCAGAAGUUUAUCGCGAAACUUCUUUCAAAGCAUGCAAGAGGACGAGAUUGUCGUUUCCGAAGUACACGUCGACUCGGACAACAUCGUGAGGAACGAGAACGACCCGCUGCUUGAUCUGAUGCCCGAAGCUUUGAGGAGCCGGCUACAAGUGGCCCAGUCGAGGUUGCACGUCAAGUUAGACACGGACACCAAAGUGGUCGAUCCUGGUUGCUUGACAUUGGACGAAGAUGGAGACCUUGAACUGUCCAGAGGCUCGCAGGAGCGCGCAAGUGCUCCUAGAUCACUGUCCUGCCACAACGUUGCCAACUGUUGGAUUACAGGUUUGGAAGGCCGCCUUGGUGAUGUCGGACUUCCUGCUGCAUCGUGGAAGGGAGCUCUUGCGAGGAAUAGGGGUCGUCGAACUGGGGAGCGGCGUCGGACUGUGCGGCAUCGUGGCGGCCGCGUUUGCCGACUACGUCUUCUGCACCGAUGUUGGGGAGGAAGUACUGCAUCUGUGUCGGCGAAACCUGGACCAGAACGAAGGCUUUUACGAAGCCCUCGACGUGAGGCAGUGUCCGACGAGGGUCAGAUGUUUGGACUGGACUAAAGGGCCACCAGAAAUGCAGACCACGGAAGGUGCCUUUGCCUGGUCUGCAGAAGACUUGGACGACUUUCACAAAGCGGAAAUUUUUCUGGCCGCUGAUGUGGUGUACGAUGACCGUCUGACAGACUGCCUCUUUGAACUGUUGCUUAAGACAGUCGCCAGGGGUAACCAGACAGUCUACAUUGCGCUGGAAAAAAGGGUAAACUUUACCCUAGAGGACCUUGAUGUUGCGAGUCCCUCCCAUACACACUUCAUGCAGUGGCUGCAGAAGUUACGAGAACUUGGCUGGAAAGUUUGCGUCGUCGACCUUUCAGGCGUGCCGCAGUACUUCGGGAGCUACAGCAGGGACUCUUAUUUGGAGCUGUGGGAGUUGACCAUCAAGAGAUGACUUUAAUAUUUCAUCAACCCACCAACGCAUAGCAAGGUCAACACACUAUCGACUGAUGUGUCUUCAGACGCAAUUUCGAGCUCUCCAAGCAACUUCGUUCUUAUGGCAGCACGCCACGUUCAGAGCUUGCAAACUGCGUACAGCUGUAGACUAAGAAAAAAUGAAACUCAAACAAGCCAGGCAUGACCGAGAUGCACCCUUGUCUGGAUACAAAAGGAUGCAACGUAGGCUUUUUUUUUUUGUAUAUAAAGACCUGCACACCACUUUUGGCUAUGAAGCUUCUAUAUUACAUAAAGGAAUUACCUCAAUGAAUCGCAAUUACCUAAAGAACUAACUGGCGCUGCCGUGCUGUAGUUUGCAGAGGAACCCCGGGAUGAGGAGACUUUCAGUCCGGAAUCUUUCUCGGAGAGUCUAGAAAGCAUCAAAAAUUUGUUUGGCAAGCAGCGUUCCAGCAGUCGCAGUAAAGUUCCUAACAGAACGGUGAUCGCAAGCCGGCUGUUUUUCACUUGAGUCGGCUCUUCGUCCAGCCCUCCGAGACAGAGAGAGAGACAUAACUUUAUUUGUGUCCUUGCUGGGGUCAAGGGAGGCGGGGGUCGGGAGACUAGCCCUACCGGAGCCCCCCAUCCUCAGGCGGCGGCCAGACCUUGGGUCUUGACGGCGUCUUCAGCCAGCUGGACUGCCCAGAGUUGGUCAUCCGGGCACGCGCUGAGCAGCAUAGCCUCCCACUGCUCGGGCGUGGUUAUCUUAAGUUUAGGGUUCUUGCUGUGUUUGAUGGUGUGUGUCGCUGCGGGACAUGCCCAGAUAAUGUGGUCGAGGUUGGCGCGAGCCACCCCGCAAACUUUGCACUGUGGGGUGUAAACGUGCGGGUAUAUGCGACUGUACAGCGUGGGUGUAGGGAAUGUUCGCGAAUAGAGCGACGACGUUUCACAAUGAGUAAUAGCCGACGCACAAGUGUAAGCUCUGUCGCGAAGCGCUCCGCUGUCGGCGGCAGCAUGUUACUCCUCUCUCCUGAUAACCCCUAAGCAAACUUUCCCCCCUCCCGCUCCUCUCUCUCUCAUUUUCUUCCCCUCUCAUUUGGUGUGUAUAUAAGCACGGGAAUAAAGACAAAAAUUUUGUCUUGAUAAAGGUCAGGCUCUGACCGAAACAUCGACGCGUAAUAAGUGAAGUUUU